UCAAAAAUGGCUCAAAUAAUGUCAUUUUGAUUACUAUUUUUGUAGAAUAAUCAGUUUACGAACCUAUCCAAAUCAAAUAAAACUUACUAACCUACCAAAAUUCCAGUGAAAGUCUCCUUUCUAAGAUGCCCGGCAAACCCAUGAAAUCGCCAAAAGCGAAGGACUUCAACUUCCGCCCCCCUACUCCUCCACGCGAGAGCUCUUUUCAGGAAAAUGUGAAACGACCAUGUCCCUAUAUCUGUGCGCCAAUACCCAUCAACGUGCCUGGACCUGAUAAGGCCAGGGAGGUGCUGCAUCCAAGGAAAGACGUGUUUGUGCUGAAGGUACAAAAGGUGACACCUUCAGGCGAUCGCACAACCAAGUUGGAGUUGGAGCUGGUGACUCCUAAGACCCCUGACCGGCGCGGCCCGUGGCGCGUAGACACCAGGGAGACACAGUGCGAGGCCGACUGCCCCUGCGGACUGCCUUGCUGCGUCUGCCCGCCAGUCUGCAGGAAGAUGAACAAGAAGAAGCCAGGGAAGUGAUUUGGGGAUGGGGAGUUUUUGUUGAGUGAAUUAAAUUGUUUUUGAAAAACA